AGAGCGGCCGGCCAGGAACCCCCGGGGAGGACGAGCCACCGAGUGGCUAACGGGAAGUGGGCUGGGCCGGCUGGGACCUGACCCCAAAGGCCACCAGUGAGGCAAGUCAGCGGCUCGGGAUCUGGGUGCCCGCUCCGCCUCCUUCCACCCUAGGAGUUUGACGGGGUUGGCUCUUGGUUGGGGUCGGGGGGUCGGGGGGGGGACGACACCCCCCCGGAAGCUUCCCGCUCCCAAGAAGGGGGAAACCAGCGUGGCCUAGCGGAUCGACCAGGGGCCCGAGAAUCAGAGAGACCUGGGUUCUAAUCCCGGCUCCACCAUCUGCUGCGUGACCUCGGGCAGGUGACUCCUUCGUUUCCCCGUCCCUUAGUUCCCUCAGCUGUAAAAUGGGGGCGAAGACCGAGGCCCGCUUGGGUCAUGGACUGGGUCCAACCUCGCAUCUACCCCGGCGUCCGGCACCCAGUAAACGCUCGCCGGAUACCCUUUUUUAAAAAAGGGGGCGUGCGGGGUCCCUUCCCGGGUUUCCUCUUCCUCCUUUCUCCCCUUCCUAGAAUGCCCGUCACCGGAAGGGAGCGGGCCCGUGACGGAGCGUCCGGAAGGCGAGGACCGUGGUUGGGCUGGUGGAGCCGGUGGGGAGGGCGGCCCUCCCGGGGCCACGGAUGGAGCACCGUCCGAGAUGCCGGUCCCAGACGAGUGACGGCAACCGGGUCCGAAUGAGCGUCUGCGGCCACUGAGCGGGGCUGCGGGGCCGGGCCGGACGGCCCCCGCCCCCGCCCCCCGAGACCGAUGGACGCGUUCGCGGGCUCCGGCCUCAAGAGGAAGUUUGAGGAAGUGGACGCGGGCUCGUCCCUGUCCAACUCGGACGAUGAGAUCUCCAGCAGCGACAGCGCCGACAGCUGCGACAGCCUCAACCCGCCCAGCACCACCGGCUUCACGCCCACGUCCAUCCUGAAGCGCAAACAGCAGCAGCUGCGCCGGAAGAGCGUCCGCUUCGACCAGGUGACGGUGUACUACUUCGCCCGGCGCCAGGGCUUCACCAGCGUGCCCAGCCAGGGCGGCAGCUCCCUGGGCAUGGCCCAGCGCCACAACUCGGUGCGCAGCUACACCCUGGGCGAGUUCGCCCAGGAGCAGGAGGUCAACCACCGCCAGGUUCUCCGCGACCACCUCAAGGAGGAGAAGCUGCACGCCAAGAAGAUGAAGCUGACCAAGAACGGGACGGUGGAGUCGGUGGAGGCCGAGGGGCUGACGCUGGACGACGUGUCGGACGAGGACCUGGACGUGGAGAGCGUGGAGGUGGACGACUACUUCUUCCUGCAGCCGCUGCCCACCAAGCGGCGCCGGGCGCUGCUGCGGGCCGCGGGCGUCCACCGCAUCGACGCCGACGAGAAGCGGGAGCUGCGGGCCAUCCGCCUCUCGCGGGAGGAGUGCGGCUGCGACUGCCGCCUCUACUGCGACCCCGAGGCCUGCGCCUGCAGCCAGGCCGGGAUCAAGUGCCAGGUGGACCGCAUGUCGUUCCCCUGCGGCUGCUCCCGGGACGGCUGCGGGAACGCGGCCGGGCGCAUCGAGUUCAACCCGCUGCGGGUGCGGACGCAUUACCUGCACACCAUCAUGAAGCUGGAGCUGGAGAGCAAGCGGCAGGUGGGCCGCCCGCCCGCCCCGGACGAGGACCCCGCCCCCGCCGCGGCCCCCGCGGCCCCCGCCUCCCCCGCCGGCCCGCCGGGCGCCGAGACGCAGGACUUUCAGGAGUUCAUCGCCGAGAACGAGACGGCCGUGCUGCACCUGCAGAGCGCCGAGGAGCGCGAGCGGCUCCAGGCCGGCGAGCCCGGCGACCCGGGGGACCCCGCCCCCGCCGGGCUGGCCUCCGUCUGCCUCCUGGAGGACCCCCCGGGCGGGCCCGGGGGCCCGUGUCCCGGCCCGGCCGCCCCGCUCCUCAUCCAGGCCCGGCUCCCGUCCGGCCCCCCGGUGCUCUGCUUCGCCGAGGACGGGGCGCCCGCCGGCCCCGUGGACCCCGCGUCGGUGAGCGGCGGCGGGUCCGUGCUCUACUACCAGCUGGAGCCGCGGGCGGCCGGGGACGGGGCGGGGGACCCCCAGCCGGCCCCCGCCUUCCCCGGGGAGAAGGAUCUCGGCGUCUUCGCCCUCCCCGCGACGGCGGCGGCGGGGGCCCCGGGGCCCGAGGGCGCGGCCGGCCCGGGGACUCCGCCGCCCGAAGCCCGCGGGCCCGGGGAGCCCGAUCUCUAUUUAUUCCCGUAUCUGAUGGAAGGCCCGGCCCGAGGGGGCCGGGGCGGGGGCCCGGGGCCGCCCGGACGGACGUUCUGA